CGGCCGGGGCGGGGAGGCCGUGCCCUGGUGUGGGGCGCACGCGUGAAGUUGCACCGCACGUGUGAAAGGAAUUCUCGUUUUCAAAGCGUUGGAGAGCCCUGCUCGGGAAGGAGCGCGUCUGGUCACCGCCGCAGUAGAGCGGGGUUAGCCAUCUGAAGCAAUGGGUGACUGGAGCUUUCUGGGGCGACUACUAGAGAACGCACAGGAGCACUCCACGGUCAUCGGCAAGGUUUGGCUGACGGUGCUGUUCAUCUUCAGAAUCCUGGUGCUGGGGGCCGCAGCGGAGGAGGUGUGGGGUGACGAGCAGUCCGACUUCACCUGCAACACCCAGCAGCCUGGCUGCGAGAACGUGUGCUACGACAGGGCCUUCCCCAUCUCGCACAUCCGCUUCUGGGUGCUGCAGAUUAUCUUCGUGUCCACGCCCACCCUCAUCUACCUGGGCCACGUACUGCACAUUGUGCGCAUGGAAGAGAAGAAGAAAGAGAGGGAGGAGGAGCUGCUGAGGAGAGAAAACCCGCACCUGGAGCGGGGUCAGGAGUCUCUAGAUGGGGCUGGCUCUCAGGAUAAGACUGUGGUGCGUGACGACCGGGGCAAGGUGCGCAUCGCUGGGGCGCUGCUGCGGACCUACGUCUUCAACAUCAUCUUUAAGACGCUCUUCGAGGUGGGCUUCAUCGCUGGGCAGUACUUUCUGUAUGGCUUCCAACUGCAGCCGCUCUACCGAUGUGACCGGUGGCCCUGCCCCAACAUGGUGGAUUGCUUCAUCUCCAGACCCACCGAGAAGACCAUCUUCAUCAUCUUCAUGCUAGCGGUGGCCUGUGCCUCUCUCGUACUCAACAUGCUGGAGAUUUACCACUUGGGCUGGAAAAAAUUCAAACAAGGAGUGACUGAUCAUUUCGGCCCAGACACCUCCGAAUCCAAGCUGGUGGCCGCAGAGCCAUUGCCACUCGCUUCCCGCCCACCCACGGUCACUAUUGGAUUCCCACCUUUGUACACGCAUUAUGCCUCUCCCCUGGGACAGGCCGGCGAAGCAGGGUACCCCGGAGCCCCGCCACCAGCAGCAGACUUCAAAAUGGUAGCAUUGAAUGAGUCACAAGGGAAGGGCCACCCUGCCAAGCUCUACAAUAACCAACACCUGCUGAUGACAGAGCAGAAUUGGGCCAACCAAGCGGCUGAGCAUCAGACUCCGGCGCGGAAAGCCUCCUCCGCAGCGUCCAGUCCCGCAGCCCCAAGCCCCGCAGGCAGCAACAGCCAGCGGCUCCCACCGGAGGCUGGGCAAGGGGGCACCGCACCCCAGCUGCUGGAGGACCGGAGCGGCAGCAGCUUGGAAGAGAGUGCCUUGGCUGUGACCCCCGAAGAAGAGGAGCAGGCCUUGACCACCACAGCAGAGAUGCAUGAGCCUCCCUUGCUCCUUACAGACCCAGGAAGGUCCAGCAAGGCCAGCAGUGGGCGGGCCAGGCCAGGUGACUUGGCCAUCUAGCGGUGGUCUCUCCAGACAGCUUUAUAAUACAUUUUUUUUUCUAGAAACCAAAACCAAAGCCAAAGUUCAAAUCAGCAGGUAGAAAGAGCCUGAAAAUAAGAGCGCGCUGGAGUCCCAGAAGGGAGAUGUGGAGCAGAAUCUAUCAGGUGUUCGUGUUUAAUGCUUGCUGUUCUUAACCCUGAGUUAUAGUGGAGAUGAUUCCAACGUUUCUGAGUUUGUGAGGUGGGGCAAAGCUGAGGGCAGUUGUUGGCCUUUAAAGAUAUUCACAGCAGCCCAGCAGCCUGGUUGCUGUUAGGCCUCUGGGUUCCUGCUGUCUCUGUGGUUAACUGUUCGGUUGUGACAAAGCAACAGGUGUCUGCAGCCCUUCAGCUAGGGACAAUUAGGUUUUCUAUUCCUAACCUCACCAGAGCCUUUGGGCAGCCCAGCAAGUCACAGACACACUUAGCUCUAUCUCUGCUUGAUACUUUUAACUUAGAGUUGAAUUUCAUUUGGGAUAUUUGCCAAACUGCACUAAAAAAAGAUUUAGAGUGAGUCCAUAUAGUGUCAUUUGAGUUUCUGAAAUUGGAUGUGAAGCCCAGGAUAUCAAACUACAAGCUUCAUGACAAGUGACAAAGAGCAGUUACCCUCCAGAGUCAGAUUCAGUGAGACAGAGCCACAGAGGUUGCUGGUAGAAGGCAGGUGGAGAUGCAGCGCCACUUGAGAAAAUUUUUCAACAGCUGAGGAAAUGGACAUGGAAGUGUGGCAGGAAUGUCUUAGGUAUUUAUUUUUUAAAUGAUAUUUUGUGCUUUGCUCUGGAUGGAACAAGUAUGCCUAUUUUCCCCCCACUUUCUAUCUUUUAGGAAAAAUAGUACUGUUAAAAUGGGUACUGACACAGAGAAUGCUAAUUUGUCCUAGUACAUACUAGUAAAGAUUUUUGAACUUCCUUUUAAAAGAAAUUCUUCAACUUCAAGAGUCAGUUAAUCAUGAUGAGAACGUAAUAUAGAAAAUAAAAAGCAGGGGGGAAUUUAAGUGCAUUUCAAAUACUUGAAGUUGUGAAGUUUUUGAAUGGGAGGUUAAAAGUUAACUACUGUUGCCAGGAAAAAUAUUUAUACAGAUGAAUCAAUGAAGAUCUACACUUUUUUUUUUAAAGAAAACAGUACAAAAUAAAACAUUUUGAGUUUCCUAACUAUUCUUUGUGGGUAGCCUGUUUGCUUUCUAAAGUUUAAAUAAAAGUGUCUGGGUUUUACUGCCUGUGUAAAAGUGUGUGCUGAUUGUGGGGUAUACAUCUUAUUUCCCACCCAUACGAGAGCUGUCCUGACAGGGAAGCUAUUUAUGUGUGUGGGCCCAGCUUGAAGAUGUCAGAAUUUUUGUACGGCACACACUGCUAUAGAGUCUUGAUCACAAUAUGUUUAUAAACUGAUGAGCAAUGGUCAUUUGAGCCUUUCUCUACUCACACUUUUCACUUCCAACUUCCACUGAGUAUUGUUAGCAAGUAUCUUUAGCCCUGUUCAGCAGAAGUUCAUAUAUUUUUCCAUAUAAUUCAUUUCUUUUUAUAAACCAAUUUCCUGGUGAUUCAUGUGAAGCCAUACUCUACAACAUACUUUGUUUUAUAUCAUAAAGGGUGAUCCACUAACAAUCUGAUGAAAAGAGUAUGAUUUUUUUUUUAACACUCUGAUUCAUGUUUGCAACUCGUUUGCAUAGGAAUCAACACGAUUUAUUAGUGUGUUUUUAUUGCCCUAGAAUGCCCUGGACAAUUAAUUGCCUAGGUUUGGAAAAUGCUAGAUUUCCAUAUAUAUACUGAAAGCAGAGCUCAGCCCUUUGGAAAAUUAUUUAAAUCAUUCUUCGCAAUUCUCCUAGCCUGGUGAAUAUCUAGGGCCAUUCUAGAUGCAUAAGUUCUAACUCAUCACGUUGCAGUGAGUACCUUAGCUUUAGGGCAACAGGACUUAGCUAUCCUGAGUGAAGGGCUGCUAGAAAAUCCUAAUGUGAAAAGCAUUCUGAUAAAAAUCUUUGCUCCUUUUAGAAAAUGCAGUAAUACAGCUGGGGAUGUAACUAGGUGGUUGACAAGACCCUGGGUUUGAUCCCCAGCACUGCCUCCAACACACACACCAAAAAAAAAAAAAAAUGCAAUUGCAGUCAUCAGAGACCAUAGGUAUGACUCAGGGUAGAUGCAAAUGCUUAUUUAGUAAAGUUCUACCAUAAAAAUGUUAAUAAUAAGUGUCUUAUUUAUCCACAGUUUGAUUUCAGGUGGGAGUGGAGAAGAGAGUAAGAACUCAAACUGUUUAUUUACAUUUUGAAACUGAAUUCUGUUUGCAAUAUGUUCAUGCAAAUGCCAGUAUUGUUUAAUUGAUCAUAGUCUAAUUGGCCCAUUAGUUCAUGGAUAGGAUGUAAAAUUAGAUUCACCUACUUUAAAACACUAAUUUGUAAAGAAGUGGAAUUUUGCAGUAGAACAUUGCCUAUGAUAUUUUUUCAAGUUAGUGUACUAAUUUCAAUUCCUAUACAGAAAUGAAAGUGUGUCUUAUAUUGUGUUCUUAUUUGAGAAUACAGUAUCCAUGAUCCUAGUGAGUCUUGACAGUGUGGAAUUGCUCUCUAUUUAACCAAUCAUUUUAAGCAUUGAAAUGUGCAAUAAAAAUAGAAAUUGCCUCUCCCUGUGGCCAAGAUUCUGGACAUUUUUUUCUAUACUAGUUUGGAAAUUUCACUGACACUAAUUUUCCUUUGAUUUAAUAGAAAAACUCUAAAAUUUCUAAACUUAUUUUAAAAUUCAGAUGCUAUACCUAUCAUAUUUACAUACAAAUGAUUUUUAAUCUGCAGUAUUACAACACAGUUACUCCUUACAUCCCUGUUUUUAGAAGCACAGUCAUCAGUUAACCCUAAGCACAACUAUGGUGGUUACAAAAUGUUAAACCUCACUAUUGUCAAA